CGUCACUGGUAAUACGUAGGUGUAGUUGUGCGCAUGCGUGCUGUGUAGGAGUAAUGGGUAGCCGCAACUCAGCGUAACUUAUAGUCAGUUCCAGUGUUUUUGUCAAUAUUGAAAUACAAAACAAGAGAUAAGGAACGUCGUCACCUUGUAGCUUUCAUUACCAUAAAUCCUAGCAUGGCGUUAAAUGUCUGUUCACGGCUGACGAGGAGUAUUGUCGGCGUUUUAGCCGGCAGAAGUGUCAUUCCUGUUACAAGACAACUAACAACUACUUCUUGCAGGAUACAUUUGCGUUGCUUACAGCACAUCCGCUUUAUUCGUUGUGAUGGUACUUCAUUACGAAAUUUCAGCUCUUCAAGUCAGCCUUCAGUAGAAGUGACCUACGAACAGCUGAAGAAACUGCUGCUCUCCGAAACUACGGUGGUUAUAGACGUCCGUGAGCCGUGGGAACUCAGGGAAUACGGGAAUAUACCGGGGUCAAUUAACGUGCCCUUGGGACAAUUGAAUGGAGCUCUCCAGCUCACGCCUGAUGAAUUCAAGGAGAAAUACGGAGGAGCCAUGCCAUCACAAUCCCAAACCGUAGUGUUCACCUGCUUAGCUGGUGUAAGAAGCAAAAAAGGCAUGGAAACUGCAGUGUCUUUAGGAUACACCAAGGCUCAGCAUUUUUCAGGCGGAUGGCAAAAAUGGGCAGAACGUGAACUAAUACAAACCAAAGAGUAACAUGUUGUCACAUUUUAGUCAUGUUAACACUGUGAUAGAAGUUUAAUUGACCUGUACUACAGUUUGGAUUAUACGCAGAGUCAAAAUGUGCCACUGAGACCGAAUCAAAUAAAGGAAUGGUGUGAUUAUAUUUAAAUCUGAAAAGAUGCACUGUAACAUGACAUGAGCAGUGUGCAUUCUAGGGUGAUUAUUUUAUUUAACGUAGUUGGUUUGAAUGGGAGAGUGUAUGUUACAACUUCUGUUCAAAGGGCUGUGGGCUAUUUGCCUAAUAGGUAAACCUAAAUAUUUAUAUUGUAUAUAUAUAUAUACACUACCAGUCAAAAGUUUUUGAACAGUAAGAUUUAUGUUUUUUAAAAAGUAAGUCUCUUCUGGAAAUAAGUCUCUUCUGCUCACCAAGCCUGCAUUUAUUUGAUCCAAAAUACAGCAAAAGCAGUAAUAUUGUGAAAUAUGUUUACUUUUUUUUAUUUGAGCAUUUUAUUUAAGACAUCUGUAAUGUUACAAAAGGUUUCUAUUUCAGAUAAAUGCUGUUCUGAACUUUAUAUUCAUCAAAGAAACCUGAAAAAAGUCUACUUAGCUGUUUUCAAAAUAAUAAUAAUAAAAUGGUUUUUGCACAGCAAAUCAGAAUAUUAGAAUGAUUUCUGAAGGAUCAUGUGGCUGGAGUAAUGAUGCUAAAAAUUCAGCUUUAAAAUCACAGGAAUAAAAUACAUUUUAAAAUAUAUUCAAAUAGACAGCA